AUGGGUUGCUGUCUUGGCACCACCGCCGCCGCAGUUAACCAACGUCAACCACCAGCAUUUGAAGAAGAAACUGUGAAAGAAGUCCUUUCUGAAACCCCAAUCAUUGUCCCUAAAACCCCACCACAACCCAUCACUCAAAACGAUGCCGUUUUGACCAAAAACCCAACACAAAUUACCCCUCAAAACGCUGUCGUUUUGACCAAAAAGCCACCCCAACCCAUCACCCAAAACGCUGUCCUUUUGACCAAAAUCCCACAACCAGAAAUCAUUCAAGAAAAUGUAUCUGAUGUUUCCGAAAUGUACACCUACAGUGAAAGCUUCUCCGCCGCAACGACAGCCACAACGGUGGCCGAUACUAAAAGAGACGAAAUCGACGACGGUGAAGUUACCCAGAAACUUAAAAACGUUUCGCCACCGGCCCCGGGGAAAAGGGUUGUCAGAAAACGCCCGGCUGGUGAAAUUGCUGGGGGAAGAGAAAGAGUGACCAGACCUCCGGCGAGAAAACAAACGGGUCCGUCGCCGGAGAGAAGACGUCAAUCUCCGGCGAGGGGCGUGGUGAACGGACAGCGGAAUCGGAAUGUGGGAAACUCCGGUGAUAGUCGGAGAUCUAGGUCGCCGGCAGUGCGUGGCGAAAUGGGGCAGCGUCGUCCGAAAGUGAGGGAGGUGGAUAAAUCCAGUGAGGUUGUGGCGGUGAAGGCUGUGCAAAGUGAAGAAACAAGUAUGGUGGAUGACGGUUGUGUAUCGCCGGAGAUUAAGGAAACUGAGUCGUUAGAAAAUCCACUUGUUUCAUUAGAGUGUUUCAUUUUCCUCUAA